CCAUAACUCUACUUCCAGAUCCUGUUUUUUCUAGCUCCUCGGCCUCCCUCUCGCUGAAUCUGCUGAUCCUGUUUUUUGACCAUUUGUUUUCUCUAGUUUAUUCUAUUUUAUUUUCCCUCACUUUUUGUUUUUUUGUCUAUUUUUUAUUUCCUUCUUUUUCUUCUUCGUCUUCUUCCUUUGUAUUGUUUUUGGUUUUCCUUUCUUUCCCUCUUCAUUUCUUUCCUUAUGCCACUACUUCUGCGACUGUUGCUGUUUAGUUUUUGUAUUUUGGCCCCUUUUUUCUUCGAGGCUGGAUGGCCAUUCACUGUCGCCAGUGUUUGCCAAGGGUUUUGGAUUUCGAGAUUCUGUAAUGCCGCUGGCUCUGACCGUGUGUGAUGUGAGGUAUGGUGAGGUAUGUUUGAUGUGAGAGGCGUUUGACUUAUCAUGACAGUGGCGGAUUCUGUGCUAGUAGGAUUGGUACAUUGUUCCAAGGACCGGAUACUAGUGAAAUGAAAUGAAGACGGGGAGAGUUCUUGGUGCGCCUGCGAGCGUGGACCUUGUGGAAGGAAUGAGCUUGGCAUUGUGUUUUCUGGUUGCUUCGAACCAAUAGGAUUUCGAAAAUUCGAAGUGUGGUUAUUAGGUGAUUAGCAGUGGGGACGGCACGUCUGUUUGAGUUUGUAGGAGAGGAGUUACGGCAUUUUUGAUUUGUGAGGUGAAGAGGAAAGGUACGGGAUCACAACCGCGGGUGCGAGUUUCCUAUCCCUGCAUUUGGGGUGGGGACCGUUUCCUCUGGAUGCGGUGAGGUGGGUUGGAUCGAAGAAUGGCAUUUGCUCAGGCGCACAAGAGUCGCCCACUGUCUGUGAACUCUGGAAAGAACGUUGCAGGGUCGCUUCUCUCACCCACUCCCUCGCCCUCCCAACCUGAUUCUUCUAAAGGCACACACAUGCGUACUAAGUCUGCUUCCCCUGUCACCUCGUCCUCCACCACAUCCACCCGGCGCCAGAGUAAUGGAUCUACCAGACAAUCACAUGACGGCGGUGUUGCUAAUCGGGUGCGAGUAACCGUUCGGCUGCGUCCAAGGAAUGCAGAAGAAUUGGAGGCUGAUCUUGAUUUUGCUGAUUGUGUGGAGCUUCAACCCGAGCUUAAAAGGUUGAAGCUCCGCAAGAAUAACUGGGAGAGCGAGACUUAUCAAUUUGAUGAAAUCCUUACGGAAACUGCAUCUCAGAAACGUGUGUAUGAAGUUGUUGCGAAGCCUGUUGUGGAGAGUGUCCUUGAAGGGUACAACGGUACCGUCAUGGCAUAUGGUCAAACGGGCACAGGAAAGACGUUUACUCUUGGAAAGCUAGGCGAUGAAGACACAGCUGAUCGAGGAAUUAUGGUUCGUGCAUUGGAGGAUAUUUUAUCCAGUAUUAACCACGUCGAUGACACUGUUACUGUGUCUUAUUUGCAGCUCUACAUGGAAUCAGUACAAGAUCUGCUUGCACCUGAAAGGGACAAUUGUCACAUUCAAGAAGACCCCAAGACAGGAGAUGUAUCGGUUCCCGGAGCUACUCAGAUACAGCUGACUGACCACCAGAGCUUCGUCAACCUCCUUGAUGUCGGUGAAUCAAAUCGGGUUGCAGCGAACACAAAACUUAAUACAGAGUCCUCGCGAAGUCACGCGCUUCUGUUGGUACAAGUGAAAAAAGCAGUUAGAAGUAAGGAGCCUACUGAGAAUGGGAAUGGGAAAAUGCGGGCAACUACGAUUCGAAGAAGCAAACUACUUAUUGUAGAUCUUGCUGGUUCGGAGCGUGUUGAUAAAUCAGGAAGCGAGGGCCAUACAUUGGAGGAAGCGAAGUCCAUCAAUUUAUCAUUGACAGCAUUGGGUAAAUGUAUCAAUGCUUUAGCAGAAAACAGCCCUCAUGUACCUAUUCGGGACUCUAAGUUGACAAGACUGUUGCGUGAUUCUUUUGGUGGAACUGCUAGGACAUCAUUGAUUGUGACCAUCGGACCUUCACCAAGGCACAGAGGAGAAACAACUAGUACUAUUAUGUUUGGCCAGCGAGCAAUGAAGGUCGAGAAUAUGGUCAAAUUAAAGGAGGAGUUUGACUACAAAAGUCUUUGCCGAAGAAUGGAAGCUGAAUUGGAUAGACUUGUCGCAGAAAACGAGAGGCAGGUGAAGGCUCGGCAGGAAAACGAUGAAGAAUUAGAUCGGGUUGUGGAGGAAAGUCGUCAGCUUGUGAUGGAGGCAGAGAACCGCCUCCAAACUGCGUUGGAGUCUAUAAUGGCAGAAAAAAGUACAUAUGAACAAGAAGUGGAGGAAAUGCGACUCAAGUGUGAGAAAGGGUGUGAGGAGGUGGAGGAACUUCGGCAUAGACUGGAGGAAGUUGUUCAUGUUCGGGAUAUGUUGCAGGAGGAAAUCCAACUGCUUACACGUGAACGCCAGAACGAGCAACAAGAGAAAUGCACGCAAGAAGAGGAGUUGAAGAUUCAGAAGGAGAUAACUAAGAAAAUGGAAACGCAACAGAAGGAGUUGGCGGAGGAAAUCGAGAAGUAUAAAAAAGAACUCGCAGAAUCUCUGGAAAGUCGGAAAAUUGAGCGAACUCAUCGGGAGCGCUUGGAAGACGAGCUUGGCUGUCAGCGUCUGCAGCUUGAGCGCUUGGAGAAGGAACUCCAGGCUGCCACGCCUCAAAUCCAACGAGAUUCAGAGGAGCAGUCCAAUGACCAAAGCAAGGAGAUUGAGGAGCUUCGAACAUUACUAGAAAUUGAGCGUCAAAACAGCAAACAGUCUGAUAACCAAAGCUUAGAAAUUAUGAAGCUACGCGCCUCGCUGGAAAACGAACAGCAGAAGCGCAACCAGUUCGAUGGUCAAGACAAGGAGAUUGCCGAGCUUCGGGCACUGCUGGAAAGUGAACGCCAGAAACUCGGACAUUCUGAGGAGCAGAUAAUUGAAAUUUCGGAGCUUCGGACGCUGCUGGAAAAUGAACGUCAGAAGCGUGAGCAGCUGGAACAGGAGCUGAUGGUAGCGAAAUCUCAGGUAUCGAAAAGAAGCGUGAAUGGAAGUCUGACGAGGCAGCAAGGUGAUGAACUCCUAACCGUGAGGCACAGACUGGAUGAGGAGUUGAAGGAGAGGGAGAGACUAGAGGAAGAAAUUCGACAUCUGAAGGAACAGGUUUCGAUCCUCUCCGAGGAGCAUGAUGAGCAUUCAAGGAGAAUAAUGAUGAAUGGUGGUUCAGGCAGAAGCUCACUUGGUUCAGAAAGUCCACUUAUUAGUCUUAGUAAACCUAAUCAUAUGCGUGAUACCAUCAACGGCCAGAGAGCCACCAUUGCUAAGCUAUUUGAACAAGUUGGUCUUCACAAAAUUCUCUCUUUGCUGGAAUCUGAGGACGUUGAUGUUCGCGUCCAUGCUGUGAAGGUGGUGGCCAAUCUCGCAGCUGAAGAAGCAAAUCAGGAGAAAAUCGUAGAAGCUGGAGGUUUGGGAUCUUUGCUGAUGCUCUUACAAAGCUCAGAAGAUGAGACAAUUAGGCGGGUAGCUGCUGGAGCUGUUGCCAACCUUGCUAUGAAUGAGACAAACCAGGAGUUAAUUAUGUCACAAGGAGGAAUAGGUCUUUUAGCUCGAACAGCUGACGAUGCUGAAGACCCACAAACACUACGAAUGGUUGCUGGAGCUAUAGCCAACUUAUGUGGGAACGACAAGCUUCAAGUCAAACUGAGGGAGGAAGGUGGUAUUCGUGCACUCCUUGGUAUGGUUCGGUCACGUCAUCCUGACGUGCUUGCUCAAGUAGCACGAGGAAUUGCGAACUUCGCAAAGUGUGAGUCACGUGGUGCUGCUCAAGGUUAUAAAAUGGGGAGGUCUCUGCUUAUUGAUGAUGGAGCCUUACCAUGGAUCGUGGCCAAUGCUAACAACGAAGCAUCACCCAUUCGUCGGCACAUUGAACUAGCACUUUGCCACUUAGCACAGCAUGAAGUGAAUGCCAAAGACCUCGUUGCAGGGGGAGCCUUAUGGGAGCUUGUUAGAAUUUCCCGCGAGUGCUCCCGAGAAGAUAUCCGAAACCUAGCCCAACGCACUUUGAAUGCAAGUGGCACUUUCCAAGUAGAAUUGAGGCGCCUUCAUUUAGUCUAUUAAAUUCAAUUAAUCAAAGUCAUUCUUCUUUCGACACAUCAUUCUUGUAAAUCCAAGUUUGAUUGUCCUCUUUCCAUUAGUAGUUACUACUAUCUCCAGGUGCAUGAAUUUGCUUGCAAAUAGAUCACUUGUUUACUGACCGUAGGUUGUUUCGUUAAUGCUUUGAUUGAUAAGCAUGUCGUGACAGCACCGAGUUCCCGUUCUAUUGAUUGUUAGCAACCUCUCAACAGUGGGCAUGGUCCGACAAAUAGUCGCUCUACACCAUUACCUUAGCCACAGCUUUCUCAAAAUAUUCGAAGUACCUUGUACCGUUGUAUGAUCUUCAGAAUUAUUAGUAGAAUCAGGCCACAUAUUGUACCUUACGAUGGAAAGGGACUAAAAUGUUGCACCAUGAAA